AUGAACCUCAUCAUGUCCAUUUGGUCCCGUGCUGUGGAGUCUGAAUCGGAUGUCUCUGUCCGUAGCUUUGCCGACGAUGCAACAGUCGCAGUUGAGCGAUCCGACCCGUCCAUUGCGGUCGCUCAGCUUCAGAAGGCCAUCUCGGUUACUGAAGGGUUCACAACGUUGAGUGGCCAAAACCCAAAUGUUGGCAAACGUCACGUGUGGUCCACCUCUCGCAAAGGUCGCAAAGCGCUUUGUGCAAGGGAGAUGGAGGGGCUGGACUUUUUUCCGGUUGAGGGAGUUGCAUCUUCCUCAGAAGUUCCAAGACUUCAUCCAGACAUGAUCCAGUGGAACCCACCAGAACAAGAACAACCUUGGAGACCUCCAGUACAAGCAGGUGCUUCAACAAGCAGUCAGCGGAGGGGACAGGUGACUGCAACAGAAAGAGGACGUUUGGCUUUGGGAGUUGUCCGAGCUGAAGGGCAUGCGGGACCAUUGACAUCAAGGGGGUCGGCGCCUUCGGUGGCUUCAGAUGGAAGCUGGUCGGUGGCGGGAUCUGCCAAUGUCAAGGGCUCGCUGGCUUCAAAUGCUGGGAUCCCAAAAAAUGACCAUAUCGAUGCAGACCGAGUGGUGGCGAGGGCGACAGGGAUGGCUGGGAGGUCUACUUCGUCCUGUACAAGCUCAAGUGCAUCAAAGGAGGUGAACCAGGCAGAAGGGUACAGGGUGGAUCCAAUGCUGCCCACGUUGGAAGAGCCCUUCGUGAACUCAGCCUUCCCAAAAGGGAGCACAGUUUUGAUGCGGCCAAAACCACAGCCGAGCAGAUGGGCGGAUGGACCAACGAUUUCCAUCAGAGAGGGUGAGACUUCGCGAACUGCGAUGCUGAGGGCAUUGCAGGCCCGUCCUCAGAACCUGUGGAUGAGACGUGAUGAAGAAGAUCACAACAAGGCGGCGGAGUCGGAAUCAGAAAUCACCGACGGCAGCUAUUCAGUGAUGAGUUCCGAGGAAAGCAUGCCGCCGAGUGAUCCGAAGCUCUUUUUCGACGAGGUCUACGACGUCUGA